CUGCUUCAUAGUUUUAGAAGGAUUUGUUUGAAGUUUGUUUCUGGUUUUCAAUUUAAGUGAACAAAAAUGGUUUUGGCUGCUGAUGAUGUUCAGAAAGCUAGAGGUGUUUGGGAGAAAUUUUAUGUAAAUGCUGAGGAUAAUGGAGCAAUUGUAUUAAGCAGAAUGUUCAAAGAGCACCCACAUACUCUGAGCUACUUCACAAACUUCAAAGAACUACAGUCCACUGCAGGAACUGCAUCAGUUAUAGAACUUGAAGGCCUAUCAGAAGUUCGCACCCAUGGCAAGAAAGUUUUGUCUGCUCUGAAUGAUAUGGUACAGCAAGUGGACAACAUGGAUGCUUUAAAAGCUAUUAUUGAGCCUUUAGGCAAGAAGCAUGCUGUGGAACUGAAAGUGGAUGUAAAGGAAUUUGAAGUUCUACAAAAGUACACAUCCACAAGUUGGAUCCUCUUAUUUACAAUAAAAUGAAGCAAAUAUCUGGAAAUUCAGGCAGUCCUCUUGUCAUACAAUGAUGGGAUACUUUGUGCAAUUCUGGUGGAACUCAUGGCUGAAAAAUGUGGCGAAGAUGCCAAGACAGACUUCAAAAAAGUGACAGAUGUUGUGUGUGAACAAAUCAAGUCUACUUAUUGAGACUGCUGCAGUUGAUACACAAAUGGAUAAUAAAAUAAUGAAACCUCAAACUUGA